AUGGAGCAAGCAAGCAGUUCUUAUUCGUCGGACCAGAACUGUGCCGAGCUGGAGCUGAUGCGUCUCGUGAUAAAUUGCAUACGGCAGUCUGUGUCGGUGAGCGCCGCGCCGGGACCCGAGCUUGCGGCGACUGUGUGUCAGGUUGUAGCGCUACAGGCGCGGCAGCGGUACCAGGCUGUGUACAAGUUGUGGAGGGAUCUGCGAGGGGCGUCGCUGCGUAAACUGCGCGCUCACCUCGCCCGGGGCGACGUGUCGGCGACUCACCAGCGACUGUCCACCCUCGAGUGGGCCGUUGUGGACCUGUUGCUACUCUACGACUCUUCGAUCAAUGUGGUGAGUUUCUUCCACCCGGCGCAGCUGGCGGCGCUGGAGCGCACCUUCUCCCUGGUGCAGGUGCUGCAGCUGGAGCCGGAGCGCGGGCGGCGAGUGUCUCCGGACCGGUGGACGAGGGCCGCGGACCGCUACUGCAACAAGUAA